CUCCGAGCCCUGCGGCGGAGCCAACGGCAGCGCGGGGGGCGGCGGGCCCUGCGCCCCCGCGGGCGGGGGGCCCUCGGUGGUCACGGCCAUCGCCAUCAUGGCCCUGUACUCCGUGGUGUGCGUCGUGGGGCUCUUCGGCAACUUCUUGGUCAUGUAUGUCAUCGUCAGGUACACGAAAAUGAAGACUGCCACCAAUAUCUAUAUUUUCAAUCUUGCAUUGGCAGAUGCAUUAGCAACAAGUACUCUGCCAUUCCAGAGCGUGAAUUAUUUGAUGGGAACAUGGCCAUUUGGUACAAUCCUUUGUAAGAUUGUUAUAUCCAUAGACUACUACAAUAUGUUCACCAGUAUCUUUACGCUCUGCACCAUGAGUGUGGAUCGCUAUGUAGCUGUCUGCCACCCAGUUAAGGCCCUUGAUUUCCGUACCCCCAGAAAUGCCAAAAUUGUUAACGUCUGCAACUGGAUUCUUUCUUCUGCCAUUGGCCUGCCAGUUAUGUUCAUGGCAACUACUAAAUACAGGCACGGCUCUAUUGACUGCACACUUAAGUUCUCCCACCCUGCUUGGUACUGGGAGAACCUCUUGAAAAUCUGUGUGUUUAUCUUUGCCUUCAUCAUGCCAGUCCUGAUCAUUACUGUGUGCUAUGGGCUGAUGAUUUUACGCCUGAAGAGUGUUCGCAUGUUAUCUGGCUCUAAGGAGAAGGACAGGAACCUGCGGAGAAUCACGAGGAUGGUUCUUGUAGUGGUGGCAGUGUUUAUCGUCUGCUGGACUCCCAUCCACAUUUAUGUCAUCGUUAAAGCCCUGGUCAACAUCCCAGAAACUACUUUCCAGACUGUCUCCUGGCACUUCUGCAUUGCUCUAGGGUAUACAAAUAGUUGCCUUAAUCCAGUCCUGUAUGCAUUUCUAGAUGAGAAUUUCAAAAGGUGUUUCAGAGAGUUCUGCAUCCCCACCUCCUCAACCAUUGAGCAGCAAAACUCCACCCGAGUCCGACAAAACACUCGUGACCAUGCUUCCACUGCCAACACUGUGGACAGGACUAACCAUCAGGUAUGACUAGCAGUGGAGAUGUCAUCUCUGGAUCCAGGCCACCCGCUUGGAGAUGACAUGUAUUCCGAAGUUACAGUUUAUACUGAUUUGUAGCUAUUUGAACGUCUAAACACCUUCAGGGCUACAUUUGAAGCUGGUGUAUUCACACACAGAGACCCCAGUCCUGCACGGUGCUAGUUGUUCUAUACUCUAGUUGAUGCCCAAAAGCUGAGGGCUUUCAAAGGUACCUUGCAUGAUAGGGUCCAGCAUGCAUGUGUAUACACAACACCCAAAACAGAGUGUUUCAUUUGCAGAAGGUUUACAACAGGUGUCUGAUUUAGAACUGGUUAGAGAAUAAUCAAAGAUUUCUCUAUUCUGUCUGUUGAGGGAGACAUGGUUGGGCCAAUAUACACGUCUCUCUCCUACCAUUUCAUCAGUAAACUGAAAAGAGAAGAAACUGCAUGUACGCUUUCUGAUUGAUGUACAAGAAAGGCCUACAAGGCCAUGUUUCUCCUGUAAGAGAUGCAAGAAGUAGACAAAGGUCAUCUGCAUGCAGUUCUUGUACCAGAUCAAUAUCUGUGUUGGCUAGUGUAGGUUUUGAUAGAUAGAUAUGUAAAUAUAUAAAUAUACAUGUAUACACACACAUAUUAAGGAGUAUUGUGCCAUUUUGCUGUUUAAGGUAUACAGAGUAGGAAUUUUAUGGCACAGCAGAUACCAGGAUAUAGAUUGUUUUUAUUCAGGCUCUUUUUGCUUAGCUUUUGGGAAAAAAAAAAAUCCUUUUUGUUACAUAUUUGACAUCCGUGCACCUGUGAUUAUUCCUGAGAGUUUCCAAAGCACACCCCUUGGUGAACAUCAAGCAAAACACAAAGGCAAAUCUUAACAUACUAGCCUAACAAUUGUUAGAAAAGGUUUGAAUCUUAUCUGGAACUCAUUAAAAAGAAGAAAUAAAGGCAGAAACCUAAUUUAUUCCUUGCCACAUCAUCUUUCAUUGGAACAUCAGCAAUAUCCUUAGUUUGCUCCUUCAUGAGCUUCUCACUGCUGCCCCUUCACCCACAAGCUAGCUGCCUUCUUGAGGUGCAAAGAAGUAGCUUUUCGUGAAAGAAAUAGCUUACCUGUCACACAGGCAAUCAGGAAAUCCAGAUCAGAAUAUUAUCUUAUCCAUACAAAGUAAAUGCACCAGAAAAAGAGGAAGGAGCAAGCAAAAGGGAGAAGAGGAAGGUCUAUUGAGCAUCUGCAGCUGGUGGUGUCGUUCACCAGAACAUGAUUUGUACAUGCCAAGCUGCAGGCUGAGAAAUCAGUUAGCGUCUGCUCAGUCUUACCCACACUUCAGUGGUGGAGCAGAACUGCCAAACUUGGCAUGGACACAUACAUAUAUGUAUGUGUGUAUAUACGUGUAGUAUUCACUAUGUGUAGCAAAAGUUGAGCAGACAGAUUCAGCUCUCACUAAGGCUUUUGCAACCCUCAAUGGAGUCAAUUUUGUGCAUGUGUCUGACAAUGGGGUUGUAUCUUUGUCUAGUUCAUGUCUAACUUUUUCAGCUUUUUACAGUGCAGUGUGUAAUAAGAGAUUUUCUACAUUUACUUAUACUUCUUUACCUUAAUUUUAGGAGAGCCGUAGCUUUCUAAACUUCUACCCUUAGCACAGAUUACUGUGGUACCACCUAAAGUCUGACUGAGAUAAAGUCUAUUUCACUGGGCACUGAGCAAACACAGAACAGAAGGUGAUCCUUCCCACAGAGAUCUUUCAACUUACACCAACAAGGGAGAGAGCUAGUUGAGGCAGGAAUAGAAGUGAGCUUUAUAAUGGAAGUAAAAAUGGAAGUAAGGAGCAACCUAAUCACAUAGUUGGAGAUUUUGUGUUAGUUUCCUUCAGGGGAUAGUGGUGGAAUUAGUUAAGAAGAGAUAAAACACAGGUAAAAAGAAGUGACAGGGAAGAUGCUGAAGAGAAAGACAGGUGACAGGAAGAAUGCAGAGGAGAAAGGAGAACAUCAGGAAUAAGGUCAGAGUGAGGAAGCAAGGGAGAAAAUUGAAGCAAAAAGCCAAUAUACAUGUAACAAAAGAAAUGUGUUCAGAACCGUAAGAAACUGUGUGACUAUGCAGCUUUCACUACUUCUGUAACUCUUCCUAGCAGCUAGCUAGCAUGUUUCCCCCAGGCUAGGGAGAAGCCAUCACUUGGAAACUCCUAUCCUCAUAGAUGUGUGGACAGGUCUGUUUGCAUGGUCUGGUAUUUGAGAGAAUUUGAAGUGCUCAUAAAUGGGCCCAAUUUCACUUCCCUCACCAUCAUUGCAGCAGUCCUUGCUUGAGCAGCUGUUGCCACUGGUUUAUUUCUACCAGAUGUGCCCGAUGGAUGCUGACGUGAACCUUCUGACUGCUGCGCUCCCUGGAGAGCAGCACACCAGCUGGUCGAUGCAGUCCUUUUCACCCUCCUCAGAGGCUAUGAAAUAUAUUCACACCAAGCCAUGUUCAAACCAGAUUAAACUUCAUUUACUUAUUUUCUUCUCCAACAAACUUUUCUGUAAAAGACAUUUUUGGUGUCUCUUACUAUCCAAAUGACAGAAGGGUUUUAGGACUAAUCUACUCUGGAAAGGUUUUCUGGGUAGUACUUACAAAUGUAGCAUUUUAUUUAUUUAUUUUAGACAGAGAAAGCCCUAUAGUGAAUCCAUCUUUUGUUCUCAGAAAACAACAACAACAAAAAGAACACUUUGCUCAAACACUUGGUGAGCUUUGUAAAUUCUGUUCACAGGGUAUUCUUUUCACAGGUAAGUGCUUUCUGUACAGGCAAGUCUAGCCAGUAUAGCUAUACUGAUCUAAGUAUACUGACAAGCUCUUUCUUGUAUAGACAGGGCCUUGGAGAGCGUUUGGUAUGAAUCCUAAUUGUGCAGUGUAUAGUGCUCAGCACAGCUCAAGUUAUUUUCAUAGAAACAGAUGUUCUACAAGUUGUGUGGUUUUUUUUUUUUCCCCAAGUGGGAAUUCUUACUCCAGCUAAAGUUAAUGAGAGCUGCAAGCUCUCAACUGCUUGGGGCCUCACACUCUUGAAGCACUUAAAAUAAGCACUCACUUGUGGGAACAACAGCUGUGUUUUCUAUCAGUGCAAAAGAACAGAUACAAAUGUUCGUAUUAUUCUGAGUUAAGAUAUUAUCAUUUGGCCUCCGUUAUGUCUCUUUGACAUUACCAAAAAGUUCUUGGUUAAGAACUGCAUUAUUGUUUUAUCUACAUAUAGGAAAAGUGCAAAACAAGUUCUGACCUCCUCCAGAAAUGAAACACUGAUGGUGCGAGCAUUUAUGAAAAAUAGUACAUGUCCAGUGGAGAAACAUAUUUCUGAGGGGGAAAAGACAGCGGCUAGUCAGGCAUGCAAAAUCUGGAAUUUUAACAAUGAGAUGCUUUACAUCUGUGGGGGAUAUAUUUCGGGUUACUGGGCUAACGCCUGUGUCAGAACGUUCAGGUUGCAUUGUUUCAGGGUGAGCUUAGAGCUUAGGCUCAACUCACUUUAAUUUUCAGGGAAGCAUGGGCAAUCUUUAAAGUUCAUUUUCAUGGAAGAUUAAAACAAGAAAAUAGGAAUAAUAGAACACUGGAGAAAAUCUUGCAGAACAGAACUGUUUACUUCAAACUUUUCUUUGCAUGACCCAAUAAUAGUAGGGAAUGCUAAUAAAAGGAAUGAAUAUUAGCUUUUGCAGAUGUCUGAAUUGUUUUUGAUGUCACUAGCAUUAACCUGGAUCAUGACAAAGACCCUAACAAACUUUGAAAGAGCUUUUACUUCAGAUGCACAGAGAAUCUCUGCACUACUUUAUCUCCUAGAUUUAAAAAAGUCUUGAACAUUUUUACUGACGUGGGACCCUUGUGAAUCUUCUAGGUAACAAAGAAAACAGAAUGUGUUUGCUAGACAAUUUCAUUAAAGGCAGCAUCUAUAAACAAUGCUGUGAGCGCUGAAACUAAUUAGAUGCAUUGUAAGGUUGCUUGUGUUUGUGGCAUUUCUUGAACUGAGAAUUAGAAAAAAUGGACAAAAACAUUUCACUUUUUCCAUAAGAAAAUAGAAAAAGAAAGUUCACCGGUUUAAAAAAAAAAAAAAAAAAAAAAAAAAAAGCAAACUACUGUAUCCAAUCCACAAAAGAACAAUAGAAUGUCCUGAGUUUGAAUGAAGGGACCCACAAGGAUCAAGUCCAACUCCUAGCUCCACACACAAGACAACAGGACUACCUAAAAAUUAAACCACAUGACUUAGACCAUUUUCCAAAUGCUUUCUGAACUGAAAUUUCUAUUAAUUCAAUUCAGAAGUGAAUAUGAACUUCAAAAUUAAUUUCUGGAUCUAGACUUCUCCAAAAGACUCAGAUUCAUAUUCACAUUUAGGAUCAGCUCAAUUUUUGACAAAAAGUUGCUGAGGAGGAGCAUUUCCAAUACAGAAUAAAGAAAAAUCCCUAAAUAUAGCAUGUUGAAUUGAACAAGCAUUUGAGUUAUGUUUUGGCCUUGGAAAAAAAUAUCUCCAGUCAGAAGUCCUAACAGAUGCCAACUGCAGAAAGCACCUGGAAAACAAUCCAGUUAGAAAAUGCACCUUCUCCCCACCCCAGAAUCCUUGCCCAUGUGUAAUAUGUUUCCCUCAUUUGUGUCCAUCAGGAUUCAUCUGUGACUGCUUUCCAUACCGUAACCACUUUAAUGACAGUGUCUCCCCCAUUUUCAACAAGUUCUGUUUGCUGGGCAGCAAAACAGGUUGCAGACUUUCAGGACAUGAUGUGUCUUAGGCAGAUUUGCUUGAAAAUUUCUGUAGAUUUUCUAUCAUGCCUGUAUGUGAACAAGAUUUGGUGCGGAUACCAUGGAUGCCCAGAGCAUGGGGAUGGUUGGGUUUGUUUGCUGAUGUAACUCCAUCUCACACAGAAUCUUUAAACUCCAUCUCACACUGGAUCUUUAAAUUCGAAUCCAGAAGUCAGUCAAUUUACUAGUGUGAACACAGAAAAGAUACUAAUAGGCAUGUAAAAUACCAACUUACUUGCAGUUGCUACAGAAAUAAUACAGGCAGGGAGUGAAAUCCUUCCCUACAAGUGAAAUUCAUUCAGGGUUCCCCUCUAGAAAGAAAACAACUGGCUUGCUAUGAAAUAGACCAAAUACAACAGCACUGCCGAUCUAAUGUUUUUCUGUCAUUAAAGCUAAGACACAAAACUUUCAUCAUUUACUCUGCCUUUGUUGCUUUAUGACAAAGGCAUAUUCUUGCCUUGCUGCCUGGGCUACCAGUUCAGCUUUACAGGGCAGGUCAGUAGCUGCAAAUGAUAAGUUAAUUAUUCUUGAAAAGAACAAAACAUACACACACAAGCAAACUGGUGGGAGGGCAGAAAUCAAGUAACUGCUCAUUGUGUUUGCAAUUUCUUU